UCUCCACCAAAUCCUUCAGCUGCCGAGUGCAUCGUCUGGGUCGGUGGCUUUGUUUAGGGGAGUGAAACAGUCCGAGCCGCUUCCUCUAGGAGCUGGGGCGAUUUACCUCUCCCUCCCCUGGGCGGUAGCCCGGGACCAUGUCUGAUUUCCGCUGCUGCUUCCCAGGCGCACCUGGGGCGGGAGUUGCCCGAGAUCCGAGGCAGCUCUGAGCCGGCCCUGGGAUAAGAGGGUAGAGGCGAAAGGGGGCGCACUGAGAAAGUGACACGAGCAGAGCUGGGAUCGAAGGCUGGACCCUGAGAGGAGUGAGGGAGGGGACAUCCCCAACUCUCUCCUCCUCGCCCCCAGUGAGAGCCUGCAGCUAUGGAGUCUCCAACCAAGGAGAUUGAAGAAUUCGAGAGCAACUCUCUGAAGUACCUGCAACCUGAGCAGAUCGAGAAAAUCUGGCUUCGGCUUCGAGGGCUGAGGAAAUACAAGAAAACAUCCCAAAGGUUACGGUCUUUGGUCAAACAGUUAGAAAGAGGGGAGGCUUCAGCAGUAGAUCUCAAGAAGAAUCUGGAAUAUGCAGCCACAGUGCUUGAAUCUGUAUACAUUGAUGAAACCAGGAGACUCCUGGAUACGGAGGAUGAGCUCAGUGACAUUCAAUCCGACGCUGUGCCUUCAGAGGUCCGAGACUGGCUGGCCUCCACCUUCACAAGGCAGAUGGGCAUGAUGCUCAGGAGGAGUGAAGAAAAGCCCAGGUUCAAGAGCAUCGUCCACGCAGUUCAAGCUGGAAUAUUUGUGGAGAGAAUGUAUAGACGGACAUCAAACAUGGUUGGACUGAGCUACCCACCAGCUGUUAUUGAAGCAUUGAAGGAUGUGGACAAUUGGUCCUUCGAUGUGUUUUCCCUCAAUGAGGCCAGUGGGGAUCAUGCACUGAAAUUCAUUUUCUAUGAAUUACUCACACGCUAUGAUCUGAUCAGCCGUUUUAAGAUCCCCAUUUCUGCACUUGUCUCAUUUGUGGAGGCACUGGAAGUGGGAUACAGCAAGCACAAAAACCCUUAUCAUAAUUUAAUGCAUGCUGCUGACGUCACCCAGACUGUGCAUUACCUCCUCUAUAAGACAGGAGUAGCGAACUGGCUGACGGAGCUAGAGAUCUUCGCUAUUAUCUUCUCAGCUGCCAUCCAUGACUAUGAACACACCGGAACCACCAACAAUUUCCACAUUCAGACUCGGUCUGACCCAGCUAUUCUGUACAACGAUAGAUCUGUCCUAGAAAAUCACCAUUUGAGUGCAGCCUAUCGCCUUCUGCAAGAGGAUGAGGAGAUGAAUAUUUUGAUCAACCUCUCAAAGGAUGAUUGGAGGGAGUUUCGAACCUUGGUAAUUGAGAUGGUGAUGGCCACAGAUAUGUCUUGUCAUUUCCAACAAAUCAAAGCAAUGAAGACUGCCCUGCAGCAGCCGGAAGCGAUUGAAAAGCCCAAAGCCUUAUCCCUGAUGCUGCACACAGCAGACAUCAGCCAUCCUGCGAAGGCCUGGGACCUGCACCACCGCUGGACAAUGUCCCUCCUGGAAGAAUUCUUCAGACAGGGUGAUAGAGAAGCGGAGCUGGGGCUGCCUUUUUCUCCUCUGUGUGACAGAAAGUCCACCAUGGUUGCUCAGUCGCAAGUAGGUUUCAUUGAUUUCAUUGUGGAACCCACCUUCACUGUGCUCACAGAUAUGACUGAAAAGAUCGUGAGUCCCUUAAUCGAUGAACCCUCCCAGACUGGUGGGACAGGACAGAGACGAUCUAGUUUGAACAACAUCAGUUCAUCAGAUGCAAAGCGAUCGGGUGUCAAGAGCUCUGGGUCAGAAGGAAGUGCCCCCAUCAAUAAUUCUGUCAUCCCUAUUGACUAUAAGGGCUUUAAAGCCACCUGGACAGAAGUGGUGCACAUCAAUCGGGAGAGAUGGAGAGCCAAGGUGCCCAAAGAGGAGAAGGCUAAGAAGGAAGCAGAGGAAAAGGCUCGCCUGGCUGCGGAGGAGAAGCAGAAGGAAAUAGAAGCCAAAGGUCAGGCUGAAGAAGGUGCAGCUGGCAAAGCUGAGAAGAAGACAUCUGGAGAAAGUAAGAAUCAAGUCAAUGGAACACGCACAAACAAAAGCGACAACUCUCGUGUGAAGAAUCCCAAAGCCGAGAAGUGGCCAGGAGAAAAGCAACAGAAUGGUGAUGUGAAAGAUGGUAAAAAUAAGACAGACAAGAAGGAUCACUCCAAUCUCGGAAAUGAUGCAAAGAAAACAGAUGGUACAAAGAAGCGUUCUCAUGGCUCCCCAGCCCCCAGCACUAGCUCCACAAGUCGCCUUACCUUGCCAGUUAUCAAGCCUCCUUUGCGUCAUUUUAAACGCCCUGCUUACGCAUCUAGCUCCUAUGCACCUUUGGUUCCAAAGAAAACUGAUGAGCAUCCUGCAAGGUACAAGAUGCUGGAUCAGAGGAUCAAAAUGAAAAAGAUUCAGAACAUCUCACAUAACUGGAACAGAAAAUAGGUCAAAGGGAAGAAGCAAAAGAGUGAAGGAGGGUCCGCCUGUCAGCCUGUCAGCGCUCAACAGCCACAGCAAUAUGCCCCUCCCUGCCCAUGGAGGUCUUCGGAGCUGCUACUAACAUAUUUGACUCCAAGAUGAAAGCUAUGUGAUAAUUCCCCCCACCCCCACCUUUUCUCUUAUAGACUUAGCAAUCACUGGAUUUUGACAUCAGUCUGGAUUCCAACAACAAACUAGUAAAAGUAUUUGUUUCCUGUGGCUUAUUAUAUAGGUCUUUCAAAGUUUAGGUUGGACCAAAAUUAAAAUAAGACAGUCUGCUCAGAGAAAACAACCCCCACCCCUCUUGGCAUUUUAAAAAAUCUCUAAGUAGACUUACCCUAGUAGUGACACUGUUUUAUUAAUCACUAUAUUUUAAAAAUUUACUUUAAAAACAUCUUUUCCAAUUUACAUACACUUAUUUAGAAUUUAAAUACACUUACUUAAAAUUCAAGUAAAUAUGUUGCUUUCAAAGUAAAUGUAUUCAAAACUAAAGUUUUGGUUCUGAAUAUAACAAUCUUAUUGGGAAAAGAGAACUAUGAAUUCUUGGUUCAUGGAUAUUUCAGAGUUCAGGCUUACAAAGUAAUUCCCAGUUAAAGAAAAAAAAGACAUUUUUGACUUCUAACCAAGUGUCAUAACCAAUAACCUUAGUGUAUUUUAAAGAACUUCAGGAGAUUUAUUUGGCUUAGUUUUCUUCUAAUUUUUAUUUCUGCCAUAGCAGAAGAUGCUAGAAAUCAAUGGGCUACCCAUGUUUUAAAGACUUCAGGUUUGAGAUUCACCACAAGGCAUGUUGGCCUCGGUUCUGGGAUCCUGGGUCAGGAGGUUAUAAAAUGAUGAAUCUAGUUUUAAUUUCUUAUUUCCAGAUUUUUCUCUGUAAGUCUAGAUACUCCUUUACAGAUGAUCUUUCCAAUAAGCCACAUAACAGAAACCCUUUUGGAUACCAGUUGCUUUUGAUGGGACAAAAGGCUUUGAAACUCACUUCACUUCAUAGUGACACUUUUAGCUUUUCUGUGUCUCUCACUAGAGCUUUUACUUUAGGAUAAAAAUCACAGAACUGGCAAGAAAAUGCUCAAGGCCAGAGACAGCUUUCAGGUUUGAGCUGCAGCCUGUAAUGCAUAACUAGUUGAAGGCCCUUGGUCUAUUGGCAAAACCUGCAAACAGUAGGUGUACAACAGAAGUAGUUAAAAGCAUCCCAUAUUCAGAACAAACUUUCCAGGAAAGUCCCACGAAGAAGGAGCUGUCCUGAUGGCCACCACCUUUCGGACUUGCCUGUGUAAGGUUUGCUGUCUCCUUCUCUCAUUCUCCAUAAUUCAUUUCCAGUAAACUGCAGUUAUCCCAGCUGAGCCACCUCAAAUUUAGUGACAAUUGUGCUGCUAAGCAAUUUACUCAAAAUAUGCAUUAUGAUGGUGUUGCAGGGAAAUAUAAUUGCUGCACAAACAGAAAAUCACGAUGAUUUUCAUUUCAUUUCUUAGCUCCCUGCCUCGUGUCUGGGCAGGGACAGCCUUCUGAAGGCCAGUAGUUUCUAGUUACCUAGAUUAGGGUAAGUGAACAGGUGACUCCUACCUGUUUGUACACAGAUGUUUUUUAGUGCUGGCUGCACAGAGCCAUUUAGAUACCCAAUGAGGGGGCUUCCUGGAUGUUUUUUUAUCUCACGCUCAACACCUCCAGCCUUAGAUUCAGACUUCACUCUGGCUGUGCUUUCUUAAUUGUGCUCCUAGAUGUUAGAAGCCAAGUUUCUGGAGAAGAGAGUUUCUUUGGUAUUCCCUUCUCCCAAGAUGUUAUUUUUCAAAAUUUGCCAAUAUUUUAGUUAAGCAAAUGUACAGACGUUGAGAUUCUGCACUGCUUGUAAAAUUACUACCAUG